CGUCACCUGGGCGUGGCUUCGAGGAAAUCACGUGUAAGACGGCGCUGGUGGGGCGGAAGUUCUGUGAGAAAGCCGGGACCAUGCGUGUGAAUGAGAACACUGUGCUAAGAGGGCAGCGUGUGCUGUUGGUACCAUAUGAACCUCACCAUGUCCCCAGGUACCAUGAGUGGAUGAAGUCGGAGGAGCUACAGAAGCUGACUGCGUCGGAACCUCUGACGUUAGAGCAGGAGUAUGGCAUGCAGCAGAGCUGGAGAGAGGAUGCCGAUAAGUGCACUUUCAUUAUACUGGAUGCGGUUCUGUGGGACCAAGGCUGCCCUGAGCACCAGUGCAUGGUGGGAGAUGUAAAUCUGUUCCUCACAGAGCCAGACAACCAAGCGUUAGCAGAGACUGAAGUUAUGAUUGCAGAGCCCAGCUACCGAGGCAGAGGGCUUGGCGAAGAAUCUGUGCGGCUGAUGUUAUCCUAUGGUAUCACUGCUUUGGGCAUUACCACAUUCGAAGCUAAAAUUGGGCAAGAAAAUCUUUCAAGCAUUCGGCUGUUCCAUAAAUUGCACUUCCAGCAGGCCUCGGUGAGUGAGGUUUUCCAGGAAGUGACACUGCGCUGGGAGGUGACAGAGCAAGAGAGACACUGGCUAUUGGACUCUACACUCUUCCAAAUGGCAGCAUACAGCGAGACCAAACGGUGCAUUACUGAGGCAAAGAGCUGAGCAUCCUUGUGGUAAAGGUUAGCUGCAGGCACUUAGGUAUCCCCUUGCCUCUCACAGUCCCAGGCUCUACGCUUGCGGGGUAUGGGUCUGUUUGGGUCUUCCAAUGGUUUCCUGCCCCUGGAACUCUCCUCACUGUUAGGUCUCCAUGUGUUCCCUCUGACUCCGUGGCUCACACUGGGGGCUCCAUGCAGACGUGCCCUACGCAUAUGGUCAGCACUAUCAGGGGCUGGCCUGAGGAAGAGCCUACUUCCAUUAUAAGUCAGAACCUUCGAUUGCAUCUGAGUUAUGGCCGACUCUGAAAAAGUACUGUAGGUGCGAGGAAGCUGAAGAUGCUUGUUGGUAGAAGUACUAGGUUUCUCUGUCUUUGAAGGUUUGGUAGACCCCACUGUCCUGUGCCACUCCUCCAGCCUUUGUUCCAGAGCGCACACCUCCUCUAAGGCUGUGGUCACUUUAUCUAGCUUGUCCAGAAGAUCAGUGACAGCCGUGGGUAGGCGCUCCACAGCUAGGCCUGGGGUGAGCACAGGGCGGGGACUGGCUGAGGCCACGUCGGGAGACACAGAGGCUGAGCGAGUGGAAAGGCGAGUGGCAGACUGAGGACAGGAGAGUCUGGCGUUGUUGGACGAUCUGGAACAGGCAGACUUUAACCCUUCAAAUCUCACAGUGUGCCGAUACUGUGGGGAAGAAAAGCAAAGUCACUUGGUCACCUGGUUACAGGAAUGAAAGUGCAAUCAAUAAAGAAGGUUCUGCAGCACUUGAUUUAAACUAGAAUGUAGUUUAUUAAUAGAUGUUUUCUUUACAUAAUAUGUAUAGGAUAUUCCCCAUAAGUGUUCUCUCACCUCUUUGGCUUUGAUGAGUCCCAACCAGAGUUUGAAUCUUUUCACCAGGAAGUCAAUCAUCUCAUAAUCCUGCGGCUCUAAGACCGGACGGUAGCUUUCCGCUCGGACCUUCCUAUGUCCACUCAGCACUGCUGCACACAAGAUCCCUCUGCAUACAGCAAGCAGGCAGAUUCCCAGCCCGGCACAGAAGCCCAGAGCAGGAGAAUUCUGCAGGACAGGUCGGAAGAUGGAUCCUUUUCCCAACACAGAUCUUAGCAGCUUGUUGCCGGGAAUAUGAUGAGAUGGAUAUACAGCACAGGAGACCUAAGGAACAGCAGCCAUAGUGCUACCAAAUGAUACCCACCAUAACCCAACCUAUAGCCACAUUCAACUUCCAUUGCACUUACCACAUAAAGACUGUGUGUGAGAGCCAGGAUGAUGGUUGCUGUGAUGAGGCUGGAUCCCAAAAGUUCCCACUUCACAUUCUGAAAAGCCUUACCAAAUAUCGCCCAGCGCCGUACAAAACGCAACUGUUGGGCAAGCUGUAAACAGAGGCAGAGAAUAAGACCAGCCCUGCUCAGGCUUCCUUCAAAAAGUCUGAAUAAAUACCAUAUUUAUAUGCUGAAAUCCAGCUGCAAAACA